UAAUAUUUUACCGAAGUCUCAUUUGGAUCCUACAGUUCUAAUAGAUGAUCAUCGAAUUACAAAGAUUGAUGAAAACUUCAGAAUUUUGAACCAAAAUAAUCUGCACUCGCCACGAUGGGAGUUCCAGCACAAGAACACACAGCUAGCGAUUUACAAUAUCUCAAAGGUAUCGAAUAUCGAGCCAAUAGUGAAUGGAUUUCAAAUUGCAGGCCGCCCAGUUACGCUCCUAUAUGUCAAUGGAGCGCACAGGAUUGACAUAAAGGGCCUUGAAAAAUUGGUAUGGAACAAUUUCAAACUCAACGAGGGCGGUUUUACAGCCAAACUUUACCAUAUAUGUCUGCUCAAUAUCCAAGGUGCUUCGAAACCAACGGAAUUCACACUUCCAAAUUCUGCUGAAGGUGGUCCUAUGAAGAAUGUCGUCAUCAAAAAUAUCAACAAAAAUAUAUUGUUCCGAUUAAACUCCAGUUAUUUGAGCAUAAAUGCUGAUGAUCACAUGUCCAAUCGGUUAAUCUUCCACGAAUGCAGUAUUGAUAGAUUGUACGAAGCGAGGCUAACAGACGGAGGAGGGACGCCAGAUUUAGUCCUCUUUUCUGAAACGACCAGUCAAGAUACAACAAAAGUAUUUACAUACCCAAUCUUAUCAGAGUUCGAUCACAAGUUUCAUCCGAAUUUAAUGCUCUACAUUGCAAGAGUCGACGCCGGCCAAGGGGCUCAUAUUUUACCACGUGAUUAUCUUUAUGGAGUAAGCAAGUUUGAUAAAUUUGUCCUCGGAAGUUUGCCUCAAAGAGUCGACUUUGGAGCUCUUGGAAUAACCGAACUGAAAUUUAACUGGUUUUGGUACGAAUGUAUUAUAAACGACGAGACUAAACUGUGUGGCAAUUUCCAAGUUGACAAACAAACCAAUGAAGUGUGGCAACAAAUGAAAUGUCAUCAAAUCAAAAAUUCAAGAAUCUGUCAAUUAUGUUUUCUGCAGUUUUAUGGCUUACAUUCUAAAAAAGACAGAGUAAUCCAGCGCUGUGAAAAUAAAGAUGAACCAAAAAAUCUUCAGGUGGUUAAGUGUACUUAUGAUUGCCCUCGAAUGUAUGAUGGAGUGUCGGAUCAACAGUUUGCAGAUGAUUUUGCCGGUUAUGUCAUAUGUGAUACAAAACACCAAGUUGCUCAAUCCUGUUAUAAAAACGGAACUGCCAAAUUUCAGCUGAGAGAAUCUAAAGUUGGGUCGAAACAAUCUGAAGAAGGACCCACUAACCUUCUCGAUCCAAUAAAGUCACCAGGGGAUGAAGCAAUCGAGGAUCCACCUGGAGGCAAUAUACAAAGUAACGGAUCUGCAAACAAUUUAGAAAAGGACGGGAAUGUUCUCGACUUUGACGACAGAGGGAAAAAUCUAUGCCAUCUGCGGUCAUUAUCACAUCAAAUCAUGCUGACAUCCGUAUUAAUAUUUUUUUAAAACUUCCACAUUUGACAUCAGAUACGAGGGAUAAUCACGGUUAUGGUUAUGAUUUAUUAACAAAUAUAAUGCUCGUCCAAAGAAAAAAUUAACAUAUUGAAAGAAACAGAUUUUUAUCUACAAGAAGAUUUCUGUAAAUGGACUGAUAAGUAAAUUGAUAGCUUUAACCAACUCGCAAUUGUUCGGCAAAGAACUAAAUUGCAUUUGUUUGGUAACG